AUGGGCAAUCGCACAGCAGUGAGCACUUUCCUUCUGUGGGGAUUCUCCAGCUUCCCAGAGCUGCAGCAUCUGCUCUUUGUCGUGAUUUUCCUUUCCCACAUAACCAUCCUUCUAGCAAAUGCAUCCAUAAUGGUGACCAUCAGGCUCAACCGCAGCCUCCACAAGCCCAUGUACUUUUUCCUCUUUGGCCUGUCUCUCUCUGAGACCUGCACCACCAUGGUCAUCAUCCCCCGCAUGCUGGUGGACCUGCUGUCAGCGAGCAAGACCAUUUCUCUCCCCGAGUGUGCCACGCAGAUGCUCUUCUUCUUCGGCUUGGGAGCCAACAACUGCUUCAUCUUGUCUGCCAUGUCCUAUGACCGUUACACCGCCAUCCGCAACCCACUACAUUAUCCCAUCCUGAUGACCCAAAAGGUCUGCUUUCAGCUCAUGGGGGCUUCGUGUGUGCUCGGCUUCCUUAUUUCUCUGUGCAUUGUCAUCAUAGUAUUUAACUUGUCUUUCUGUAACUCCAAUAUCAUUCAGCACUUCUUCUGUGACAUUGCACCUGUGGUCUCCCUUGCCUGUAACUACACCAUCUUGCAGCAGAUGGCUCUCCUUACAUUCACUGCCUUUGUGUUGGUGGGCAGCUUUAGUUUAAUUAUGAUUUCUUAUGUCUUCAUUGUGGCCACAGUUGUGAAGAUGCCCUCUGCAGAGGGGAGGUAUAAGACCUUCUCCACAUGCUCUUCUCACUUCACGGUGGUGUUCAUACAUUAUGGAUUUGCUUGCUUUGUCUAUUUGAGAACUAAGAACAGUGACUCCUUUGGGGAAGAUACACUAAUGGCAGUAACAUACACAGUCCUGACCCCUCUACUCAACCCCAUCAUUUACAGUCUAAGGAACAAAGACAUGCAGACAGCCCUAAGGAAAGACCUAGGCAAUGUAAUCAGGUUGUUCCCUCAAAUAGUAGAUAAACGAACCCAGAAAAAUUAA